GCUGAUUGGCCGCUCGGCGGGAGCGUGACGAGGGGGCGGCGCGCUGAUUGGCGGGCAGCGACCCGGAAGGACGGGGCGGGCAGGGGGCGCCCGUCGCUAUGGCCACGGCGACGGACCGCGCGGUGGGCUUUGGCCUGGUCGCCUUCAGCCUGGCGCUGUUCGCCUACUACACGCUGUGGAUCGUGGCGCUGCCCUUCAUCGACAGCACCCACGCCAUCCACCGCUUCUUCCUGCCCAGGGAGUACGCCGUUAUCAUCCCCGUGGUGGCCGGGCUGCUGCUGCUGCUAUUUAUAGGCGUUUUUAUAAUGGUGGUGACGUGGAAGAGCAGGAAGCCUGCCAAGAAAUCGGAGUGAAGGGCCGGCAGAGAGAUGAGGAGGAGGCCCCCGCCCUGCAGCGCCCCGGCCAGGAAGAGGCUGCAGCACCGCGCGGCCGCCUCCUCCACAGCUCGCUCGCAGCCGCGGCGCCGAGCUGGCUGCUCUCCCUCCCCACAUUCCUUCCUGAGAAGCAGCAGCCUCGUGGAGUUUACGACUUACUGACCAAAAGGGAGCAGAACUGGCUGACGGGACUCGCCAGGAGAGGGCCCAGAGCUCUGGCUCUGAGGGAGCUGCUCCCCAGCUGGGGCUACGUGCGGCCCCUGUGCUUUGGCUGGGCUGUGUGGGAGCUGCUGGGGCGCAGCCAGCCCAGCCAGACCCCUGUCAGGUGCUUGGCCCCUGGGUAGUCCUUCCUCUCUGCUCCUGCUGUGUCCGCUAGUUUGUUCCCUGUUUGUUUGUUUUUUUCUAACUUUAUAUACUGUUUGUGUUUCUUUUAAAUCGGAUCCAAGACUGUGAAGAAAGAAAAUAAGGUUUGGGGCUUGGAAAA